GAAAAAAAAAUUUGUACGAGACCGGUUGUCAAAGUCAAGUGUUCUCGCCACACUUUUGCACAUACAUUAGUUCUAAUUGAUAUUGAUUAUAUAGAUAUUCAAUCAUCGCGAUAUCCAUUCAAUUGUUUACAAAUUUAAAUCGAAACCAAUUCAGUUCCCGAUGGGUGACUCAAAUAAAAAUGAUGUCAACGUGACCAACGAUAGCGAGAAUACGGCAUCAUCAAAACCAAGUACGCAGUCGAAGAAAAAGGAACGUCGACAAAAAGCAAAGAAUCAAUUGGGUGCGGAACAUGCAGUCGCUGAAAAAGAUGGUUCCAACGAACAAAAUGAAAAGACAGAGGCUGAUGUUGCGGCCGGCGGUGCGGCCAUCGCAACUGAGGCAGCCGAUUUGAUUGAUGAAGCAAAACUGAAAAGUUUAUUGGACGAAGCGUACAAAUACAAAUCGAAUCCAAAUAUGCUGCCAGCGUUGUUGCGUGAUGCAGCAAAAACGCCACAAGAAGCAAUGACAAAAUCGUUUAAAUUCUGGUCAACACAACCGGUUCCAAAGUUCGACGAAGUGGUCGAAAAAAGUGAAGCCAUCGAACCAAACAAGGAGGUUGCUGAAAUUCGUGCCGAUCCCUAUGCAUUGCCCGACGGUUUCAAAUGGGAAACUAUGAAAUUGGACGAUCCAUUGAUUCUGGCCGAACUGUACACGUUGUUGAACGAGAAUUACGUCGAAGACGACGAUGCAAUGUUCCGUUUCGAUUAUCAACCAGAUUUCUUAAAAUGGGCACUUCAACCACCCGGAUGGCGUCCAGAUUGGCAUGUGGGCGUUCGUGUCGUAAAAUCCGGAUUGCUCGUCGGUUUCAUCUCAGCUAUUCCUGGUCAUAUUCGUAUCUAUGACAAAACGGAGAAGAUUGUUGAAAUCAAUUUUCUAUGUGUUCACAAAAAGCUUCGGUCAAAACGUGUUGCACCCGUACUCAUCCGUGAAAUCACCCGUCGAGUCAAUUUGACUGGCAUCUUUCAAGCCGUUUACACAGCGGGCGUUGUUCUACCCAAACCAAUUGCCACUUGUCGUUAUUGGCACAGAUCAUUGAACCCAAAGAAAUUGAUUCAGAUCAAAUUCUCGAGUUUGUCGCGAAACAUGACCAUGCAACGUACGAUCAAAUUGUACAAAUUACCUGAUGCACCCGUCACACCGGGCUUCCGGCAAAUGACGAAAAAGGACAUACCACAAGCAUUUAAAUUGCUUGCAAACUAUUUGAAAACAUUCAAAUUGACACCGAUCUUCUCGGAGGAGGAGUUUAAGCAUUGGUUCUUACCGAAAAAUGGAAUCAUCUCAGCGUAUGUGGUUGCCGAUCCGAAUGGUGUCAUCACCGACUUGGUUAGCUUUUAUGCGCUUCCAUCGACGGUAAUGCAUCAUCCGACGCAUAAACUGAUUCGGGCCGCCUAUUCGUUCUACAAUGUGUCAACGAAAACGCCAUGGUGUGAUCUGAUGAACGAUGCAUUGAUUGCAGCAAAAGCCGACAAUUUUGAUGUCUUCAAUGCACUUGAUGUCAUGGACAAUACGAAAUUUUUGCGCGAACUUAAAUUCGGUAUCGGUGAUGGUAACCUACAAUAUUAUUUGUAUAAUUGGCGUGUUCCGCCAACCAAACCAGACGAAAUGGGUCUAAUUUUGCUUUAAUUAUUAAUUUACUCUGAGAUGAAUGCGGAGAAAUUCGAUUCGCUUUAUUCGAAAUAUAAGCUUAUUGGUAGAGGUGUAUCAAUGAACAGAACCAGCAACAUGAAAUAUAUACACUUCUUGGGUUUUCUCAAA